UCACCUCCCCCGCCGCUCUAGGCUGUAGGAUGGUAGCGCACAGCAAGGUGUCAGCAGAUAAUGCAGUUGGAGCUGACCCCAGACGUCUACUUGAGCCUCCAGCACGGGAUCGUGCCCAGGCACGAGGCUUCCAGGGCCGAGCUGGCACUCUGCAGGCACAGGGCAACACGCACUUCCGAACCUUUCGCUCGCAGGCGGAUUUCAGCAGCAUCACCCGGGCCAGCAGCCUGCUGGAUGCCUGUGGCUUCUACUGGGGACCUCUGAGCGUCAGUGCUGCCCACGAGAAGCUCAAGUCUGAGCCCGAGGGCACCUUCCUCAUCAGGGACAGCACACAGAAGAAUUGCUUCUUUGCCAUCAGUGUUAAGACUGCGACUGGGCCCACCAGCAUCAGGAUUAACUUCCAGACUGGGCGUUUCAGCCUGGAUGGCAGCAAAGAGACUUUUGACUGCCUUUUUAAGCUGCUGGAACAUUACCUAAGCUCCCCCAGGAAGGUACUGGUCACCCCCCUGCGCAGGGUCCGGGUGCAGCCGCUGCAGGAGCUCUGCCGGAAAACCAUCGUCAAGACUUUUGGAGGAGAGAACUUAAACCAGAUCCCCCUCAAUCCUGUUCUAAAGGACUAUCUGAAAUCCUUCCCAUUUCAGAUCUAAGUGCAGCAUUAACUGUAUGUACGUGUGAGAGAUGUGUAAGGAAAUCCAGCUUCCUGGGUUUUUAAAUAUGUUUGACAGUGAGCAAACUUAUUUUUGUAGCAGUUUACUGUAUUUUGGGAUAGAACUUGAACACUUGACUUCUUAUGUUUACAAAAACUGUUUGCACAAACCUGGGGUUUUAAAACCCUGGCAUAGUUUUUCUGCCAAGCAGAGUAUAUUAUUAUUUUAUAGUAUUUUUAAUGAUAUUAACAUAAUAAACUUUACUGUGACAG